UGCAGCGGGCAGUGCCAUGGCGGAGCGUGGGCAGCGGCUCCAGCCCACGACUCUGGCUCCACUGCCGAGGGAGCGCCGGAACUGCGGGUGGUACCCGGAGAACCUGCCUUCCAAGCCUCUCACAAAGCACAGCCGGCUGACACCCCGGGGCUUCUUGAGCAGCCGGCACUGGGUGUUUGUGAAAGAGGAUGACUUCAGGAAAGACCGCUCCCCACACCGGAGCCCCAAGGAUGCCUUUCUACCUCUUAUUCAUCACGGAACCCCCAAUGCUACCCCCAAGAAGAGGCAGAGCAGACUGCCCAAGGGGGCAACGCUGUUGCCUAAGCUUUCUCGGAAGGCAUUCCUGGAGGAAGGCGUUGCUGACUCGGCUCUGCACCCUCCGGCUUUGUACCAGCAGCUUAAAGAAGCCCUGCCAGCUGAGCUCUUACUGCAGGUUCUGGAGGUGCUGGACCCCGAGCGGAGGCUGGAGGACCUGUGGGCUGAUUGCCAGGAUACCAGGAAACCAAUGAAGGAACCCACAAAGCUCAUAGAAAAACGUGCUUCCCAAGUGUGCUUGCCCGAGAAGAUGCUGAUGUCGCGUUCAGGCCAGUGGCAUUGUGAAGAAAAGCCAAGCAAAGCGAACUCAAUCUACAGAAACAGUCUCCUCCAUGAUGGUAUACGCAGAGGAGUCAGUGACUUCUGCCACUGGGCCGCAGAUCUUGGAAGUUCGACCAUCCAGGAAGAGUUCGUCCUACAGCAGUUUGACAUGGACUAUCAGACCAGACGCAGCUGUGAUGUGCUUCACAGGCCGAGGCUAAACCCGGACAAACUCGGCAUCAAUGGACUGCCUUCACUGCGAGGACAUUGUGGGCGCUGGAGUGAACCUCGGUCCUCCGCAAGAGCAAAUCCCCAGAAGCUGAAGCGGGUGAAGAUGAGGUACGGAGCCUGGUAUCUGAACACCAACUUGUGGAAGAGGCAAAGAGUGGAUGAACCUUUGGUCGACCCCGAGGUCUCACACAAAGCUCAAGAGUCAAACUUUAAAAAGCAGCUUCAGGAGCGGGAGGAGCUGCUUGCAGGCCUGUGCAGGACGGCAGCCUUUAAGGACUUCGUUCUAAGCAGGGGCUACAGGAUGCCCAGGUUCCUUGAGAAGAUAUAUGUGGAGGAGAAAGGCAAAUCAGAAAAUAUUAAGACUCCUAAAAACCUCACGCAAACAGAGAGGAACCCUGGGAGAAGAUGAGUUAAAUACAGAACCCAACACAAAUGUCUUGCUAAACAGCUUUCCGAAUGCUUUGGUUUAUCGCUUUCUGUAUUAGUUUUAGUUACGUACAGCUGUGUAUGUCUGCAUGUGGGUAGGUGCACUUAAGUCUGGGAGCCCUCAGAGGCCAGAAGUGUCGAAUGCCCUGGAGCUGCAGUUCCAGAGGGCUGUGAGCCAUCAUGUGGGUGCUGGGGAUUGAAACUUGGUCUUCUGGAAGUGCAGGGAGCGCUCUCAAUGACUGGUCCAUCUAUCCAGCCUCCACUGACCAAUGUUUUGUUCACUUGUUUGGUUGGUUUGGGGGUUUGGCCUUCUUCAGGGAGAGUCUUGCUAUGUAGCCCCCAGUCUGACCUCUAAUUAGUCAUCCCCCUGUGUUAGCCUCUCAGGGGCUAGCGUUGCAGCUCUGCACCAACAUGCCUGGUGCACCAAAAAAUACAUUUUGUAUAUUUACCAACUAUGGGCUCAAUAUUUGCGUGUAGUCCUCUCACACUUUUGUGUUAUGGAAAUUACAUAAGUAUAUCAAUUCUUUGUAAAAAUAAAAUCAUAAGUAAAGUCACAAGUA